GCUCCUCUCAUCGGUGGCGGCCCAGUAGAGGAGUCCGCGGUGGCGGCGGUGGCGGCGCUGUUCCCCGCGCGGUCCGCGGAGCCGACUCCGGGCUACGUUACGUCGGCCGGCAGCGGCGGCACUGCGGCUCCGGCGCGACCCCAACUCCGGCUCCCUUCCCCGCCGCCCCCCGGCCUCCCGGCCGCCCGCGGGCCCUGUGCCCCCUCCCCCGCUGGCGGGACCCGGACGGAAGAUGGUGCAGAAGAAAACCGCCGAGCUAGAGGGUUUCCACCGCUCGUUCAAGGGGCAGAAUCCUUUUGAGCUGGCCUUCUCCCUAGACCAGACCCACCACGGGGACGGUGACACCGACUUCAGCCUGGAGUGCCAAGCCCGCCCUGACAUGCCGGCCAGUCAGCCCAUCGACAUCCCGGAUGCCAAGAAGCGGGGCAAGAAGAAGAAACGGUGCCGGGCUACCGACAGCUUCUCGGGCCGGUUUGAAGAUGUGUACCAGCUGCAGGAGGACGUGUUGGGUGAGGGUGCCCAUGCCCGCGUGCAGACCUGCAUCAACCUCAUCACCAACCACGAGUACGCAGUCAAGAUCAUCGAGAAACAGCCAGGGCACAUCCGGGGCAGGGUAUUCCGGGAGGUGGAGACGCUGUACCAGUGCCAGGGACACAGGAACGUUCUGGAACUGAUUGAGUUCUUUGAAGAAGAGGACCGCUUCUAUCUGGUGUUUGAGAAGAUGCGAGGAGGCUCCAUCCUGAGCCAUAUCCACCAGCGCAGGCACUUCAAUGAGCUGGAGGCCAGCGUGGUGGUGCAGGACGUGGCCAGCGCUCUGGACUUCCUGCACAACAAAGGCAUUGCACACCGGGAUCUCAAGCCGGAGAACAUCUUGUGUGAGCACCCCAACCAGGUCUCCCCUGUGAAGAUAUGUGACUUUGACCUGGGCAGCGGCAUCAAGCUCAACGGGGACUGCUCCCCCAUUUCCACACCGGAGCUGCUCACCCCGUGUGGUUCUGCGGAAUACAUGGCCCCCGAAGUGGUGGAGGCCUUCAGCGAGGAGGCCAGCAUCUACGAUAAGCGCUGUGACCUGUGGAGUCUCGGUGUCAUCCUCUACAUCCUGUUGAGCGGCUACCCGCCUUUCGUGGGCCACUGUGGCAGCGAUUGUGGCUGGGAUCGUGGCGAGUCCUGCCCCGCCUGCCAGAACAUGCUGUUCGAGAGCAUCCAGGAAGGCAAGUACGAGUUCCCAGACAAGGACUGGGCUCACAUCUCCUUUGCUGCCAAAGACCUCAUCUCCAAGCUCCUCGUCCGGGACGCCAAACAGAGGCUGAGCGCUGCCCAGGUCCUGCAGCACCCCUGGGUCCAAGGGUGCGCCUCGGAGAAUACGCUGCCCACGCCCAUAGUUCUGCAGAGGAACAGCUGUGCCAAAGACCUGACGUCCUUCGCAGCGGAGGCCAUCGCCGUGAACCGGCAGCUGGCCCAGCGCGAGGAGGACGCGGAUGACGAGGCGGGGCCCGGCCGGCCUGUCCUCAUCCGAGCUACCUCACGGUGCCUGCAGCUGUCGCCGCCCGCCCAGUCACAGCUGGCCCAGCGGCGCCAGAGGGCCAGCCUGUCCCAGGGAACUACACCGGUAGUCCUUGUGGGCGAGCAUGUCUGA